AGCAGUACCUAGCAGUGGAUUAUUAUAAAUUAAUUCGUUAUGAAGUAUGGCCUCGAAAUCAACACCAUCCGACCGGCACCUACUCGAACACGCUAUAGCUAUAGAACGAAACCAAUAAAAGCAAAAAAUGUGGGGGAACUUAUAGAGCACAACGCUUAAAACGCUAUAAAACUAUCAUAGACGCAUGUUAGACACACAUUGGACCACUAGUACCUACAUUAUUCUGUUCAAUACCUAGGUAUACUAUGCAAGUUAUGAUAUUGAAUUUUUGAACUAUUUAAACCACACAUAGUGUGAAUAUAACAUAAAUUUAUUUUCUGUAAAACACUGGAUAAGUAGAAUAUUAUUUUUAAAUUCUUAACCAUCUGUCGAUCUAAUCGAAUACCUACAUAGGCAUAUUAUAAUAAUAUUAAUUUCAGACAAAUAAAUAUACAGUAAAAAAUGUCAAGAAUAAUAAGAGCGGUGAAGGAAACUUUCAGAAAAUAUCCAAUGAUCGCCAACUCAACGGUUUACGGAACAAUGUGUGUCGGAGCAGAAUUUUCACAGCAAAUUAUGACAAAACGGAUACUGGUAAAGUACCUACCUGCUACUUACUAUUAUCAUCCACCAAUUAACAAAAAACAAUUAUAUUCACUAUUGGACAUAUUAUAUAGAAUAAAACGACACCUCCAGAACCCAUAGACACAGAUGUAUUAAAACGAUACGCUAUAGUGGGCACUUUAAUAAGUCCAAACAUUUUAUAUUUCUGGUAGGUACAUAAUUGUUUAACAAUUAUUUCUUAAUACUGUUGUAUUAAUUUAUUUAUAGGUACAAAUGGCUGGACAAAACAUUUGUAGGUACAGCGCCGAAAAUAAUUGUAAAAAAACUGUUGAUUGAUCAAUUUGUCAUGACCCCGCCAUUUUACGUAGUAUUUUUCGUUGGCAAGUUCGACUUUAUUGUACUCGUGCAAAAAUUAUAUUGAUAUGUACUUAUUAAAAAAUGAUUAUUGUGUUUACAGCUAUGAGUUUCUUAGAGGGUAAAAAAGAUUUAUUGGAAGAAUGCAAACAGAAGUUCAUCCCUACGUUCAAAACAAGUUGUGUAUUUUGGUUGCCGGCUCAAGCCGUUAACUUUAUGCUGGUGCCACCAGCUGCUCGAGUAAUUUAUGUCGGAAUGUGUUCAUUUAUAUGGAUUAACAUGUUAUGCUGGAUCAAAAGAAAUGAUUACAGUGCGAUUAAAGAAGAAUAGUUUAAUUAAAAUACACAAAAUCUAGCCCCAAUCCAUCACAUUGUGUGUUCAUAAUUUUUAAUAUUGUUAGUCUUUGAAUUAUUGUGUAAGGCUGUUUUUAUCAAUGAAAAACAAGAAUCAAUGAAUUAGUAUACAUACAGUAUACAUACAUAAACAAAAUUAAACUUGUUAAUAAAAUAUUUUGUUUUUGGCAUAUAGUUUAUACAUUUAUUUUUAUUUUACUCUUGUUUUCUACAAACUUAAUCAAACUCAAACAGCUCUGCGUAUAACUAUGCGAUUUUCUCAAGGUUAAUUUGUGUUCUUCGCUUUGUUUAAUUGCAUCGACAAGAUUGCAAGCGGAUUCUUCAUCUAAUACCUGCAAUGACAUCAUUGCAAAUUCUAUCUGCAAGUACCUGAAGUGAACAAGUUAAAGAAUCUAAAAAUAUCUAUAAAUUUAUAAAUGUAAGUAAUUGUUGGUAUUGUAUACAAAGGAUACAAGCAAUGGAAACUCAUCCAACAAUUUUCUAUCCAUAUUACGUGUUCACGGACAGAAUGUUUGAGUUCAUUGUGUUCUUCAAACGAUAUCUGUUCGAGUCUGUUGUUGAUUUUUUCCAAUUUAGUUUUUAAACUUUCAUUUUUACAAGAAACACGUUUACUAAUAAAAAAUAUACAUUCAACAAAAUACAAAAAAAUUAUCAUUACAAAAUAUAAAUUAAUUAAUCUUAGGUAAGAUACUUACUUACAUAAGUGAAUGUAAAACUGAUAGUUGUUCAUUUGAAAACCUUUCCAGUUUCUUUGCUAAUUUAGUUCUAAUAUCAGGAAAUUCUUCCAAAAAAUCUGCCUCCAGGGAAACUCUGCA